AUGACUUGUCCGUCGGAAAGCGAGAAAAUAGUGAUAAACUGUGGCGGGGUUCGCCAUGAGACUUACCGGAGCACCCUAAAGACGCUGCCCGGGACGCGCCUGUCGUGGCUCACGGAACCGGACGCGUUCAGCAACUUCGACUACGAUCCGAAACUGGACGAGUUUUUCUUUGACCGCCACCCGUCCGUCUUCUCCUUCAUCCUCAACUAUUACCGCACUGGAAAGUUGCACUGUCCCAACGAUGUGUGCGGCCCGCUGUUUGAGGAGGAGCUCGCCUUCUGGGGCAUCGACGAGACGGACGUGGAGGCGUGCUGCUGGAUGAACUACCGCCAGCACCGGGACGCGGAGGAGGCGCUCGAUAGCUUCGAGACCCCGGAGCCCGACGCACCGGAGGACGACCCUGCGCUCGGAGGUGCGGACGGGGACUUGAAAAGACUAUGUAUGCAGGAGGACGCCAGGAAAGCGGGCUGGUGGAAGACCUGGCAACCCAAAAUAUGGGCACUUUUUGAAGACCCUUACUCCUCCAAGUACGCCCGGGUGAGUACUCGAGUACUUCUGUGUGUUACUUUAGUUUGCAGCGUGUGGGUGUAG